CAUGGAGACAUGGAGUGUUCCCUCUGCAUGAGGUUGUUCUACGAGCCGGUGGCCACGCCCUGUGGUCACACCUUCUGCCUGAAAUGUCUGGAGCGCUGCCUGGACCACAACUCCAACUGCCCCCUGUGCAAGGAGAACCUGUCUGAGUAUCUGGCCACUAGGGGCUACAGCAAGACCCUGUUGAUGGAGGAGGUGCUGCAGCGUUACCUAGGAGACGAGCUAGCAGAGAGGAAGAAGAUCCACGAGGAGGAGCUGAAGGAGCUGUCCAACCUGGAGCAGGAGGUGCCCAUCUUCGUGUGCACCAUGGCGUUCCCCACCAUCACCUGCCCGCUGCACGUGUUUGAGCCGCGCUACCGCCUCAUGAUCCGCCGCUCCAUGGAGACGGGCACCAGGCAGUUCGGCAUGUGCAUCGCCCACGAAGUCAAAGGGUUCGCCGACUACGGCUGCAUGCUGGAGGUGCGAGACGUGAAGUUCUUCCCUGACGGUCGCUCGGUGGUCGACACCAUCGGCGUGUCGCGGUUCAAGGUCCUCAGCCACGGACAGAGAGAUGGGUACCACACGGCCAAGAUCCACUACCUGGAAGACAGGAAGGUGGAGGGGGAGGGGCUAGUGGAGCUCCUGAAGCUGCACACCUCGGUGUACGACCAGGCCGCCCACUGGUUCACGUCCCUGAAGGACAACAUGAAGAGUCAGAUCCUGAGCCACUUCGGACUGCUGCCCAGCAGGGAGCCCGACCCACAGGCCAGUCCCAGUGGGCCGGCCUGGUGCUGGUGGCUCCUCGCCGUGCUGCCGCUGGAGAACCGAGCCCAGCUCACCAUCCUGGCCAUGACCUCCCUGAAGGACCGCCUCAUCGCCAUCCGCCGGGUCCUCGUCUUCGUCACGAGGAAGAGGCCGCGCUGACCGGGAGGCUCUGGGCGUCGCCUCGGCCGUCGGAGCGUUUCUUCUUCUGCUGAAACUCGAGUUGUUCUGUGGCGAGCGGCAACGAGACGAACCCGUGAACCACGAAGCGGCGUGCGGCGCCUCAGAGGACGUCGUUUCUUCUUCUCCUCCUACCUGCAUUUACCGAAUCCGUUUGGCGAGCUGCACGUGAGGCCAGCUGCUUCCCGAGGCAGCCAGAGGUCGCGUGCAGACGCCUGGAGGUCACCUGUAGCCUUCUCUGCCUGUGGGUUCAGGCAUCAAGGCGCCCUGCGGGGCUCGCCCCCCCCCCCCCCCCCCCGAGGCCUUUAAGUGUUUGAAGGAGCAUGUCAUGUGACCUCUUCUCCAGCGGCUCCACAGGGAGGCUCUCGCUACUCUGUGGAUGUUUACAUAUUCAUGACUUUAAUGACCAGUGGAGAGAAGCCAACGCUGGCCAGCAGGGGGCGAUCCUCUGCACGAGGUUCAUUCAGUCCUUUCUGGUCCAGUUAGUGAAGUCCAUGAAGCGGGCUUUGCGUUGGGGGCGGGGCGACUCGGUGAUGGACAGGUCUCUUUUACAAAGGUAUUGUUCUGAGGGUUGAAUUUGUUUUGGGGAGAAACACUGAAUGACCUUCAUGAGGUCACGUUCCUUCUGGAGGUCGUGACCCCUCUGGGGUCACAUCGUGCUGCGUGUCUCGGCUCUAGUUUUAAUGGGACAUCUUAUACCUUUCUUAUUGCAAAUAAAGUCUAAAUCAUA